AUGCUACAUUCCUUGUCAAGCCGCUGCCUGCUAUACAUUUGCUUCCAUAGUUUUGUGGGAGGAUCAACUCUUGGAUCGGAGUCCGGAGGAUGUGACAAGAAUGCAGUCGACGAGUGUGCGCGAGGAAUCCUGUUCGCUGCUGAGGACGACCGAACCUUCUUUCGGCAGGACGUCGCUGCCGUCGAGGAUUUUUGUGACCGUGUACCGCAGGUUCCGGAAUGUCUCAAAAAUGUGACCGCGGGCUGUCCAGAGACAUCGCAGCGAUUCCUCAGAGCACUCUCGAAAGGUUACGACGUUGUAUUGCAAUCAAAACUCUGCGAGAAAACGCCGGAGGGCUACGCGAAACGAGAACUGUUCGCGAACAGCUCCAGUUGCCUCCGGGAUAAAUUCGACAAUCGAUGCAUGGUCGAUUACAUCGCUUCCUUGGAGAAACUGGUCAACGCGACCGACGAGCAAAAAAUUCGAAAGGCGUGCUGUCUUCAUCGAGCAUACCGGAUCUGCCUGGCCAAUUCGAUCGUUCCUCUAUGCGGCGUAGAAGCUGCGUCUAUUUACAUACAACUCAACUCGAUGCUAUCCUCUGCUCCACUGCGUGAAGUAUGCGGAACUUCUCACUCUGAGGAAUCCUGCGAUGACUCGCUCUCUAUGCGUGGAGAGGGUCACGCCGAUCUGAAAGGCUCCAUCCUCAGUCGGCUCCUACAGAUUGUCGUGGACUCUCACAAGUCGGAGAAGCACGCUAGGGAAGAAAAUCUCGAGGAGGCACUCGAGGACACGUCCUGCACGGGGGGAUCCAUAGACAUGUGCUUCCACGGAGUUUUACCGAUGACAAGCGCGAAUUCCUCAUCUGUGUGGCGGACAGGAACGCAAAUGGAUGCGUUCUGCUCGAGACUGCAUAAUGUUCCACGAUGUCUACGCGGCAGAUCUCCGACAUGUCAUACGACGACCAACGAAGUCCUGCAGCUCGUCAAGGAAGAAGCGGAGUUCACUCGAAACGCCACCUUCUGCCGCAAGGAAGGUGAAAAGCGACACUUUUUCAUCAAUGGUGGACGCUGUCUAUUCGAGAAUGUGAACAAUGAUUGCACCAGGAAUUUGGCAUCGGCACUGACAGCUGCCUCAGAAAAGGGAAGCGUGAUUCCUCGGGACUUGGUUUGUUGCCUCGCGACCCGGUACUCUGCUUGUCUCGCGGAGGCUAUAAAACCGAAGUGCGGUUUCGCAGAAGCCGAAUUCUUCUCCUCGCUCAUGCAGAGACUGACGAUUCCCGGACAGAUCGGUUGCGAAUGCAAACUGGACAUCGCUGUGAAAAAUCCGCUCCUUGUGGGCACCCCGAUGAGGACCCUGGUCGAUAUGUUAGAGGAGUCUUGAUCGCGGAGCUGAGUCGGAACUUUGUGGCGAAUACCCGACAAGCAAGGUCGUACACGAACGGCACCGUCCCGGACUCGUGAACAAAUCAAGAAUCCUGCGAUUAAAGCGAGCACCCCCUUCCACCAAUUGACAUGCACACUGGACCUUGUAGUUUCGCAGGGAGUCUUAUCUCUGAUCUGACCUGAAUCAUCGGAAGUAGCCGCCGCUUUCGUCCUCGCUCACAAGAGCUUUAGGAAGCCUCCUCGCUCCCCCUCAUACGAGAAUUUCGAAUGAGCUCCACCGUUCGUCGGGGUUGCUUAUACAUUACCCUGCUACAGCGCAGGAUCUUGAGGUGCCUGGUUCCACGAUCUGAGUGUGAAAUAUGUGAAUUUGUGUAAAAUAAAAGUGCAGAAU